AUGGGCUUCAGAUCCGUCGGGAAGUCGUCUCUGACCAUCCAAUUUGUUGAUGGUCAGUUCGUCGAUUCCUAUGACCCAACAAUAGAGAAUACAUUUUCGAAGCACAUUAAGAUUGGAGGCCAGGAAUACGAAUUGAAAUUGGUCGACACUGCUGGCCAAGAUGAAUACGACAUUUUUCCGUCGCAGUAUUCCGUCGAUAUCCACGGCUACGUCUUGGUCUACUCGAUCGCUUCCAGUAAAAGCUUCGAUGUUGUUCAAGUGAUUUAUGACAAGUUACUCGAUAUGACUGGGAAAGUCAGCGUACCGAUAAUCUUGGUAGGCAACAAGAAUGAUUUGGAAAUGCAGCGGGUUGUGCCAUCCCAGGAAGGUCGGAAACUUGCGGAUUCUUGGAAGGUUCCGUUUGUAGAAGCGUCAGCGAAAGAAAAUAUGAGUGCACUGAGGGUAUUUCAGUCGAUCAUCCAAGAAAUCGAGAAAGCUGAAGGCAACGGCCCGCCAGCGCAAAAGCAGAACUCCUGUGUCAUUUCCUGA